GUUAUUCCACUGGGUGAGUUCUACAGAAGGAACUCUAUUGUCGUGGUCUUCGUACCGCCGAGAUGGCUACAGCAAGAGGCUGUCAAGAGCCCUCCAUCUCACGUCACGAUCCGGUCAGCAUACACCUAAAAUAGAUCGCCUGACGACUACUUUCCAUGGUGCUGGGCAGUUCGGUCGAUGGCAUUGCUCGUAUAUCGCGAAUGAGCCACAGGAGGGGUGAUGGGAUUUACAACUCAUGACAGUUGUACGACCGGCUUUGCUGGACGUCCAACUCUAUAAGAACCCUCAUCUUCUCCCUCUUUCAGCUCUCCAAUAACAGUUCACAGACCGCGAUUUCACAGACCGCGAUUUCACAGACUCAUCUAAUUCAUAAAUUGAAACAAGUACAUUCUGUACAAAAUGAAGAUUACUUUGAUUCCCACCCUUCUGGCCACCUCGGCACUUGGUCUCAACAUUGGUCGAGGCCAGAACACCGCUCAAAUCACCUUCAUCGGUGCAGCCGACGCCCAAUUCUCCCAGGACUUUCCAAUUGAUGGAUCCGUUGUCAAGAUCACCAAUCCAUUGAGCAUCUCCCACAUCUACGAUGGAACCAAAGGAACGGUCUGCACCUUCGACGGCAUUGAUCACAGCGUCACCACCGUGACUGGCGUCGGGCAGGUCGAUGUUGGCCCUCCCCAGACUCAGGUCCAGGGUUCAUGUCGCUGGGCAUCCACUGCCCGGGGAUAUCCGGAUUACUCCAAGCCCUCGCCCGGUCAAGUGCUGAUUACCUUUAUCGGUGCUGCCAAUGCGCAGUUCCAGCAAGUCUUUCCAACUAAUGGUGUCAGCACUGCGAUCUCCAAUCCUCUGAGCAUUUCCCACAUCUCGUCCGGGACCAGUGGCGUGCACUGCACCUUUAAUGGCAUUGAUCACAGUGUCACUAAUGUCAAUGGGGCAGUGACGGUGGAUGUUGGUCCUCCUCAGACUCAAGUCUCCGGUGCAUGCUAUGUUGGUUGAGCCAUGGCUGGUAGAUGUUGUGCAUAGGACGGGUGAUGUUAAUCAGUAUUAAUGUCCGGUGUUGUAAUAUCUAUUUGCGGAAUCUUGGCAUGUUGUGGCAGGUGGAUUUGUGACUUUUUACUUUUAUUUGUAUGUUCGAAGGUAAUGCAGAGCUCGGAUUUUACAG